AUGAUUAAUAACUUUCAAAAGGAUUAGCUUAAUACAAGUGGAUUUUCUCACCAAUCAAAUAUGAAUAAUAUGAGCAUGAGCGGAGCUCCAUCAAGCACAAACAAAGAUAAUUGCAAAGUAGUUGUAAGAGUUCGUCCUCCUCUACCAAGAGAAAUCGAAGAUGGCCGCUUCAUUUCUACAAUUUAAGUUUCCCCCGACGGCAAAAAAAUUUGUAUUUAUGAAUACUACAAUAUAGAACUUGUAGAACCAGAACAGCUAUAAGACUAUUUGAAUAAUGCAAAUAAUUAUACUAUGCAUCAAUUUUCAUUUGACAAUGUUUAUGAUUAAGACUCAACUCAAGAAGAAGUAUACGAAAACACAGCUAAAUAAUCAGUUAUGAAUGUACUUUAAGGGUUUAAUGCUACUAUUAUGGCUUAUGGUUAAACAGGAACAGGUAAAACUUUCACAAUGGAAGGGUUUAAGUAUAACUCAAUGGAUCCUCAAAGAGGUAUUAUUCCUCGUUCGAUUGAAGAGAUUUUCAAAUAUAUCGAGAAUUGCUCUAACGAAAGCACUUAAUUUAUGGUCAGAGCAAGCUAUCUGCAAAUUUAUAACGAAGUUAUAAGUGAUUUAAUUAGAACUGAUCGCAACAAUCUUUUAAUCAGAGAAGAUAAAAAAAGAGGUGUAUUUGUUGAUGGAUUAUCAGAAUGGGCAGUUAGAAAUCCCACUGAAAUAUUCUCACUUAUUUAACGUGGUGCUUAAUUUAGAAGAACAGCUGCUACUAAGAUGAAUGAUGUUUCAUCUCGUUCUCAUGCUGUUUUUAUAAUCAUUGUAGAAUAAAUGACAUUUAAUGGAGAUGAAGCUUCUCAAGCCUCCAAAUAAAUUAGAGUAGGAAAGCUAAAUUUAGUUGAUUUAGCAGGUAGCGAAAGAGUAAGAGUCACAGGUGCUACUGGAAAGCGUUUAGAGGAAUGCAAGAAAAUUAACUAAUCUCUUUCUUGUCUUGGUAAUGUAAUUUCUGCUUUGACAGACUCUAAAUCCCCUAAAUCCCAUAUUCCUUAUAGAGAUUCAAAGCUUACCAGAUUAUUAGAAGAUUCGUUGGGUGGUAACUGUAAGACUACUAUGAUGGCUAUGAUUUCACCAGCUCUAGAAGCAUUCAGUGAGAGUUUAAGUUCAUUGAAAUUUGCAAACAGAGCAAAAAAUAUUAAGAAUUAACCUAUUGUAAAUGAGGACGUAGAUCAAAGAGCUUUGUUGAGAAAAUAUGAAAUAGAAUUAAAAAAAUUGAAAUAAGAAUUAGAAGAAAGAAAUAAGAUGCUUAUUGAUAAAUCUCGUCUCAUUCAACUAGAGGAAGAUAAGAAAAGGGCAGAGUUAGAAAAGAAAAACGCAAUGGCUGCACUUGAAAAACGCUCCAAAGAAUUCUUUUAAGAAAGAGAAGAAAAGAAGAAACUUGAAGAAAAGAUAAGAAGCAUUAACACAUAAAUUCUAGUAGGUGGUUAAAAGAUAGAAGAUACUCCUCAAUUUAGAAAUGCAUUGGAAGAAUAGUAAAGAAUAAUCAGGUGCUAAUAUGAAAAACGCCUUUAAGACCUUGAAAAAGAAAGAGAAUAAAUUACUGAAGAUAAGGCUUAAGUUGACCGUUAUAGAUAGCUUUUAUUAAAAUAAAGAGAUAUAAUGAUUGCUCUUACAACUAGAUUAAAUGAGAGAGAUGAAACUAUAAUUCAGCUUUAGGAAGAGCUGGAUGCAUACGACCGUAUUCAUAGAGAAACAGAAGAGUCUUUAGAAUAUCAAGUUUAGAGAAAUUAAUAACUGGAAAAUCUCUUAAUAGAAAAUGAUAUUUAGUUCCCCAGAGAUGACAUUAGUAACUUUAAAAAUGGCUAAUAUUAAAACCUUGUAUUAAAUUAAAAAAAAUCAGAAGAGCUAUGA